AUGGCGGCGGCGGCGGCGGCGGCGGGAGCCGUGCCGGCAGCGGCGGCGGCGGCGGAGCCGGCGGAGGAGGCGGGCGCGGGGCCGCUGUGCCCGGGGCCGCUGCGCCUGGCCCGGCUGCCGCUGGCGCGGGUGAAGGCGCUGGUGAAGGCCGACCCGGACGUGAGCCUGGCCAGCCAGGAGGCCGUCUACAUCCUGGCGCGGGCCACGGAGUUGUUUGUUGAAACUAUAGCCAAAGAUGCUUACGUAUAUGCUCAGCAAGGAAAGAGGAAAACUCUGCAGAGAAAAGACCUGGAUAAUGCCAUUGAAGCGAUUGAUGAAUUUGCCUUUUUGGAAGGUACUUUGGAUUGAGCUGUUCAGAGAGGGAACCCUUCGGAGAAAGAGACUGCGGAGAUGGAAACAGGAUGGAAAGCAGAAGGAUGAGAGUUUGAAAAUAGUUCCUAGGAUUGAGACACUGAGGUGGCAACCGUAAUGUUUUGUAUAAAGUUUAAGUUGUUGUAAGUUCAUUAUUUAAAAUACAUAUUUUUUUUUCAUAAAUAUUUUGUAUGUCAUUUAACUGUGCCCUGUAAUCAUGGUGAAAAGUGCUCCCCAGCUUUCAUCAUGUAACACAGCAGUUGCUCAGAGUAACUGUACCUGUCUCUCUCCAGGUACUCUGCAGCAAUACAAAGCCUUCUGGGGGGAGCAGACUGGCUCAGAUGUCCAGACAUGUGGGUUUUUUUUAUGAAAACGUAUUUUUUCUUUGUGUGUGUUUGUUUCCUAGCCAAACACAAUUAAAUUUUUUGUUGAAUA